AUGGGCCAAAAAGACGCAUCCACCUGGUCAAAUGAAACAUGGAACUCAUUCAUUAAAACCAAAAUUGAAGAGAUUGCCUCGAUUUCUCUGAACGAUGAUAUUGAUUCCCAUCUGGCGCCACUGUCGACGAUAUCCAACCCAGAAGAUCCCCGGUUCCCUUUAACAAUCGACCAUACCCUGCUCAAGCCCGAGUCAACCCCUGAACAGAUUGAUAAACUUUGCGACGAGGCCAUUCAGUUUGGAUUCAAGCAAGUAGCGGAGCGUCUAAAGGGAUCGUCAAGUAUCGCUUGCUCUGUGAUUGGGUUUCCUCUGGGUGCUGGGUCUGCUCUUGCCAAAGCCGAAGAGGCACGACAGGCGAUAGCGGACGGAGCGAAAGAAAUCGAUACUGUGAUACCACUGGGUCUCCUCCUCGCUUCUCCUCCACGAUACGCAGAACUGUACCAACACCUCCGCACGAUUAUCGAGGCUUGCCACUCUGUACCGGUCAAGGUCAUCAUCGAAACUUCGUUACUUCCGACCAGAGAAGCGAAGAUUGCGGCUUCGGUUAUCUCAGCGGAAGCCGGUGCUGCCUUCGUCAAAACCUCGACUGGGUUCAGCGGUGGAGGCGCGACGGUGGAAGAUGUCAAACUAAUGCGAUUGGCGACGCGUCAUAAGGCGGGAGUCAAGAUCAAGGCUUCUGGUGGUGUUCGGACAUUGGAAGCGUGCAUUGCCAUGUUCAAGGCUGGAGCAGAGCGAAUUGGAACUAUUCAAAUGUAA